GCAAAGACCAAAGAUCCAGAUUUAAGAAAUGAACAGCAGGCAGUGAAGAAAAUGACAGCUCAGGCCUACAUUCCCAAAGAUGGUUCCAACAACUACUUGCACAUCUUCACUGAGGCUCUAGUGCUUCAGAUAGGUGAUUUAAUGACAGUCUAUCUAAACACUGGACAAAAUCCAAGAGUCAAAGACCAAUACUGCACAUACAUGAUUUUAAGUAAAGGUCAGAUUGUAAAAGUAGACAGGUUUAAGAUGAAAGGACAGUCUCUAGUGGCUCUGAAUAUACCUGUAACCAAAGACAUGGUGCCAUCCUUCCGCUUUGUGGCUUAUUACCAUGUGGGCUCAUCUGAGGUGGUGUCUGAUUCAGUCUGGGUUGAUGUGAAGGACAUGUGCAUGAGAAAGCUCCAGAUUAAGGUGAAGAACAAAAGGAAUUCCUAUGACACAUAUGAUGAAAUCAAGCUGCAGAUAACUGGAGAUCCUGGAGCUAAAGUUGGUCUGGUGAUUGUUGACAAGGCUGUGCAUGUCCUUAACAAGAACAGACUCACUCAGACAAAGAUCUGGGAUGUUAUAGAGAAGCAUGACACUGGCUGUACGGCAGGAGGUGGAAGGGACAGUAUGGGGGUUUUCACUGAUGCAGGUCUGAUGUUUGAGUCCAGCACUGCAGGAGGAACCAACACCAGAACAACACCGGAGUGUUCCUUCCUUUCAAGGAGAAGACGGCAAUCGCUGGAAACAGAUGAUGAUGACGACUAUUAUACAGAUUCUGAAGAGAUUGUGUCACGUACAUGGUUCCCUGAGAGUUGGCUUUGGGAGGAGAUUGAGCUACCCAAUAGUAUUGGAAACGACUAUCGAACAACAUCAGUCACAGAAAAAGAGAUCUUCCUGAAACAAUCUGUUACUACCUGGCAGAUCUUGGCUGUCAGUCUGUCACCAACUCUUGGCAUCUGUGUGGCAGAAUCUGAGGAGAUGGUCGUUUCUAAGAGCUUUUUUGUUGAUCUCAAGAUGCCUUACUCAGCUGUUCGUGGUGAAGAACUGGAAAUCAAGGCCAUUAUUCACAACUACACCCCAAGGAAGCAGAAG